CAUGUCUCGACUACAAUCGGCCAGUGGAUUGAUGCUGGAUCAAUCAUAGUUCGCAUUUCGUUCCCUCUGCUUUCCUCCGCUAGUUAUAGACUUCUAGUUUAACUGAAUUGGCUAGUCUGGCUACCGAUGCCGAGUGAGAGAGGAAGACAGAGCUGAGGUCGUGUAGGGUGUGAAACAUCCAUUCGAGAAUUAGGGUUCUUUAUGAAUAUGUCAUCUAGCCGCCGGCGAAUGAAAAGGGGGGGUGAUUGAGUGAUGAGAUGACCUAUCUACCCUAGGAGAGAGCCUGACCUGAGUUCAGUCAAGAAUUAGGGUUCUCUCGGAAAAUGUCAUCUGUUGGAUCAAAAGGAGUAAUGGAGGGGGAGUUGCAGGUUGUUGCGGUGCCUGAGAAACCAAAAGCUGCUCUUCCUCCACUCCCACCGGCCUCGGGGUCGAACGCYAUUGUCGAGUACACUAAGCCUGUCCCAAAAGAUGAAGAAGAAGACUUGGAGGUUAAGCUUCGCAGGAUCAUCGAUCACGUACCCGUUCGUGUCAGCAACACCUCCGGUAGCUCCGCUGGUUCCGGCUCCGGUGACUUCCAUCAGUAUCGGCAAAUGAGACGGAAGGAGCAAGAUCGGCUUGCUAGGAUGGAUGUAGACUACCAGAAAAGGAAGGAACUAGCUGAGUUUAAUAUGAGAAGGGAAGAAAGAAUGAAAGUUGCAGAAGAGAGAACUGCAAAGAAGCGCUUGAAACGCCAAAAGAAGAAACAAAGAAAGAAGGAGAAGAAAGCUAAAUUGGGUGGGGGAGAGCAAGAGAAAGAAGACUCUUCAGCUGACAAUGACUCAGAUAGUGGUGAAGAUGAAAAGUGAGGCACAGUUUUGUUUACCUUGUCUUUUUUUUUUUUGGGGG